AUGGCCUGGAGUCCCUCCUCUUGGAAAACAAAACCAGUCGCUCAGGCUGUCGAAUAUUCGGACGAGGCCAGCCUCGAGAAAGUCAGAAUUCGACUGAAAACGCUUCCUCCAAUCGUUACACCGGGCGAGAUCGAGCGAUUACGCUCCCACUUGGCGCAGGUUCAGUCUGGGCAAGCUUUUUUGCUCCAUGCAGGCGACUGCGCAGAAAGCUUCAAUGCGUGUACACAAGAGAACAUAUCAAACAAGAUAGGACUCAUCUUGUCCUUCUCUUUGAUUCUCAUCUGGGGGGCCAGAGUGCCCGUGGUGCGCAUCGGUCGUAUCGCGGGGCAAUUCGCCAAACCCCGCUCCAGCAAGACCGAACGUCUGCCAGACGGUCGUGAAGUUCUUAGCUUCCGGGGCGAUAAUGUCAACGGACUCGAUCCAGAUGAACGUACUCCAAACCCGGAUCGUAUGCUGAGCGCAUAUUUCCACUCGGCAACAACGCUAAACUACAUUCGUGGGUUACUAACGUCGGGGUUUGCAUCCUUGAACCAUCCACGAGACUGGUCACUUUCCCAUGUCCGAAGUCCUGCGCUCAAGGAAGAGUUUGAGAGGAUUACAGAGGGCUUGGCAGACGCCCUCGAGUUCAGUCGUACAAUCGGUGCGAGUGAAAGUAUCCCCUUCGAAAUGGGUGGGCCAAAGGGUGUGAUAGGAGAGGUGGAUUUCUAUACCAGCCAUGAAGGUCUGAUGCUGGACUAUGAGGAGGCACUUACCAGGUGCCUUGCUCUUCCGCCAGCACUACAGCCACUACCCACAAGCACCACACCUAUAAUUACAGGAACCCCGAUGCGGUCUCGAGAUGGUGUCUCGCUUCCUUCAAGUCGUUCCUCGAGUAGGAGACCAGGACUCGGUGACGCGACAUCGUCACCUCGAGGGGGGAUACGCGAGGAGCUUACAGGCCAUUACAAUACUUCUGCACAUUUCCUCUGGAUUGGAGAUCGCACGAGACAGAUAGAGGGCGCUCAUGUGGAAUAUUUUCGCGGCAUUCGAAACCCCAUCGGCGUCAAAGUUGGUCCGUCGAUGGACCCAGAGGAGCUAGUGCGAUUGAUCGAAAUCCUUAACCCUGAUCGAGAGCCUGGUCGACUAACGCUGAUCACCCGCUAUGGUGCCAACAAAAUUGAGCAACAUCUCCCGAAACAUAUCGCGGCAGUUCAAGGUAGUGGUAUGCCGGUCAUCUGGGUUUGUGACCCAAUGCACGGAAACACAUUAACCUCGACCACCGGUCUGAAAACCCGCAACUUCAAUACCAUUGUGUCAGAAGUUGCUUCAUGUCUUCGCAUACAUGUGGAAUGCGGAUCUGUUCUCAACGGAGUAUCUCUCGAGUUCACAGGAGAGCUUAGUGAAGAUGGGUUUUCCGUUACAGAGUGUCUGGGAGGAAGCAUGCAGCUGAGCGAAGAGGAACUUGAGCUGCGUUACCAGUCAUUCUGCGAUCCCCGACUGAACUUUGAGCAAAGCUUAGAUCUCGCCUUUCUUUUAUCGAAUCACUACAAGAAGCAAAGAAGAGGCUACGCGAAAGGGGAACGACCCAAUUAUAUCGAAGCCGCAUUCGAUGGUCGUCAAAAGACUGCUCAGUAG